GUCUUUUCGUUGACGACCGAAGCUGUAAGCUGUACAACUCGCGUACGCGGUACUUUGAAGUAUCCAUGGUUUCAGUGUGCUCGGUGUUUUUGACUAGGUCGCCCGAUUUCCGAAUAUCGUGUGUUCGUCGUCUGUGUUUUUAAAGGUUUAUCGUAACUCGAGAUUUAAUUUCAUUCGUACGAAUUUUUUUCUCUCGUCAAGUGUAUUACAAACGGAUGUUUCAAUACGUUUUAUUUUACAUUAUGAUAUUUUAAGUAAGAAAUCACGAUGAAUAUCACUACUAUAAAUAACACUUGUGAGACUGAAAAAUCUCCAAAUCCUGGUUGGUGUCCUAGUCUUUGGGAUAAAUUGUUAUGUUGGAAAACUUCAAAACCUGGUGUUUUAGUUUAUCAAGCAUGUUUUAAUGAACUAAAUGGAAUGAAAUAUGAUACAUCACAGAAUGCUAGUCGAUAUUGUAAAUCUGACGGAGUUUGGGAUGAGCAUUCUGAUUACAUGCAUUGUCGACCUUUAGAAACAAAUAAUCCUAUGUACCCAGAUCCAUCGGUUGUAUAUACUUCAUACUUCUAUUAUGGUGGUUAUACUAUAUCACUAGUGGCACUGGUUGCAGCUGUUUCUAUAUUUGUUUACUUCAAGGAUUUACGAUGCUUAAGAAACACAAUACACACAAAUUUGAUGUGCACUUAUAUUUUAUCAGAUUUUACAUGGAUCCUGACAUCAACGCUACAGGAAUGGCUAGCCGACAGUAACAGCGCUUGUGUUUUGCUCACAUUUUCAUUACAUUACUUUGUUCUGACCAAUUUUUUUUGGAUGUUUGUCGAAGGUCUUUAUUUGUAUAUUUUGGUCGUAGAAACAUUUACCCGGGAAAAUAUCAAGCUACGCGUUUACAUGUUCAUUGGCUGGGGUAUUCCGCUUAUAAUAAUGAUAAUUUGGAGUAUUGCUAAGAUAAUCACAUCGUUAGAGACAGAGGACCAGGAGAGAAACGAUUCAUGUGCGUGGAUGGCACCACACCCCGUGAAUGAUUGGAUUUAUCAAGGGCCAGCGAUAUUGGUUUUAAUAGUGAAUUUAAUUUUCUUAUCAAAAAUUAUGUGGGUAUUAAUCACUAAAUUAAGAUCAGCGAAUUCGGCUGAGACACAGCAAUACCGCAAAGCAAGUAAAGCGUUGUUAGUUCUUAUACCAUUGUUGGGCGUCACCUACAUACUGACCAUGGUUGGACCUACAGAAUCCGGCACCUACGCCAACUAUUACUCGUACGGCAGAGCAACACUUUUGUCAAUGCAGGGUUUUAUGGUGGCAAUAUUCUAUUGCUUCGUCAACUCCGAAGUGAAGAACACAUUCAAACAUCAUUUCCUCCGGUGGAAUGACGCGAGAAAUCUAAGAACAAGCGGAAGCAGAAGAUUUACUUACUCCAAGGAUUGGUCGCCGAAUACAAGGUCCGAUAGUGUCAGGUUGGCCCGGCCAUCGAUUAUCGCCGACACGGCCAUCAACAAAGGCAAAAGGGCUUCGACCGUCAGCAGCUCGACGACGAUGACGUUCAUCGUGUCCAACGGGCCGGGCGGCGGCGGGUUGCUGUCGAACUCCUGUCAAAACCGCAUGCUGAACGUUCCGCCGGAAAAUCCGGUCUGAAGCGAAAACCGUGCGCGUUGAGUGGGCGCCGAGAGAGCCGUUCGCCGCAGUAUAGUCUUGUCGCCGCCGUCGUUCCAGCGGACAUAUCCGUAGAGUAUACAUGUAGUACAACGAUAGUUCUGUUCGAUUCACGGGCAAACGCUAUCCCUCGCGUUUCGUCCCGCGCCGAACGCCACAUCCGCCCGACGGCACAACCCCGACCGCGUCGUGCACCCUGAACACGAGUACAUUACUAUCCCCGUCCCCGCGCGCCUAAUGUCCCGCACCAUUAAUGUACGUACCCGCAUACGCGUCAGGGUAAAACGCGAUCCCGUACGGUUUACCUGGUUUUUAACUACACGAUCGCGUCCGAAGUUUUAAGCGUUGAUGCCAAUUUUCAUACCGGUAUCGAUGUAUACCGCAUGUCUAUAGGAGUAAACAUGAAAAAGUUACUAUUAUACUCUGUGUUUUAACGCUUUUAUUGUCCAUGUUUAUUGUUAAUGAUAUCAAAUGUAUCAGAUAUAACGAAAUUUCGGUUAUAGAUGUCAGGGAAUCGAAAUUAAUGCAUUUUCAAAUAAUUUAUUA